AUGGAGCUAGAUACUCUUGAAAACUUGAAAACAUUCUGCUCAUCAGCAACUUAUCUCAAAUUUUUAUGUUUGAAUUCCUUGAUUAUAAAGGACUGCAAAGAGCUGGGGCCAUUUAUACUCGACCGCAUGAGCAAAAGUACUGGAGAUGCUGCUGUUCACUAUUUGUUUGACGAAAAGGUUAGUUUUCCUGGCUUGGAGGAAUUGGUUAUCAAAGGCGUGCGUAAAUUGACGACCUUAUGGCACACCCAACUGGAUCCAAAUUCAUUUUGCAAACUCAGAGAAAUCUUUGUUGAGGAUUGCCAAAGUUUAAUACAUGUUCUCGUGCCCCGUAUACUAAAAAGAUUGGAAAGUAGCGUGGAGGUUUUAAAUAUAAGCAAUUGUGAUUCAUUGGAAGCGGUAUUUAAUGUCAAAGAAACAGAUGAUGCACUAUCAUCGCCUCAGUCGGCAUUAAUUUUCAGCUGUCGAAAUCUUUGUGAAGUUCAAAUAGUCGCCUGUAGAAGUCUGAAAAAUGUAUUCCCAGCCAUCGUUGCCAGAAAUAGAAAUCUUGAGAAGCUACAGAAGUUGAAGAUUGAGAAUUGUGAGAUGUUGGAGCAAAUCGUUGGUGAAGAAGUGGGGGUAGAAGUAGAAGCAAUCAUGCCUAAGUUUGUGUUUCCAAGUGCAAAGUAUGUACUCCUCUACAAUCUGCCGCACCUCAGGAAUUUCUAUCGGGGGAUUCAUACUUCCAAGUGGCCGUCACUCAUUCACUUUGGGGUAUAUAGAUGUGACAAACUAGAGAUGCUGGCUGCGGAAUCUUCAUGUUUUCAGCGACAUCAUCAGUUGGGUAUGCCAACCUAUAAUCAAGUAUUCUUUUUAUACGAAAAGGAUUCGUUCUCCAAGUUGGAAGCCCUAGUGUUGGAUAUAAAGGAGACAUCGUGUGGUUCACUCCCAGUAGUAGACUUCUUCAAAAUAAAGUAUCUUGUCCUUUACUGCCAAAACAUUACAUCAGCUGUUCCUUCGUCUGUUUUAUUUCGCAAAUGUCGCAAUCUUGAAACACUUGAUGUGAACGACGGAAAUUUUGAAGAAAUAUAUAUCCACGAAGGAUCUUUGGAUGGGGAAGAACAUCAAGAUGUGGGUGACUGCCCAAGACUAAAGAAUAUAGUUUCAUCUGCUCUAUCCUUCCGUAAAAUUGUGGAAUUGGAAGUAGCCAACUGUGAUGGAAUGAAGCAUUUACUCACAUACUCAGUGGCUAAAAGCUUCAUCAAUCUUGAAAAAAUGACAGUCCAGAACUGUCAAAGAAUGAUAGAAAUUAUUGCAACUGACAACGACCAAAGGGAUGGAGAAAAUGAAAUUACUUUCAAAGAUGAAGAUGAUGAUGAUGAUGAUGACAACAACGAUGAUAACCAUGGUGGUGGUGGUGGUGAUGAUCAUAACAGUAACAAUGAAGAUGUUGAUGAUAAUGCUACGUAA